CAUAGGAGGGGAGCUCAGUCAAUGAAAAUAGUCAGUAGAUAUAUGUGUGUUUUUUGGUAUUGUGCGUGGUACCACCGUUGGUGAUACGCGAAAAUCGUAAUUGCGUUACCGCCUACACGCACUUUUCAAAAUUUUAUACGUUUUUGUGCAUUUUGUGUAAUCUAUUGAUUAAAAAUGACCAACGCUCCCGUGAAAAAGGUCCCCAUCCAUUUGCAGAGUUCACAAAACCGUCUUCUUAUCAAGAAUGGUCGUGUUGUCAACGAUGAUGGCAUGGAAGAUGCAGACGUAUACGUUGAGGAUGGAAUCAUUAAGCAAAUGGGUCGCAACCUCAUCAUCCCUGGCGGUACCAGGGUGAUCGACGCGACCGGUAAGCUGGUGUUACCAGGUGGUAUCGACCCUCACACGCAUUUGGAGCUGGAGAUGAUGGGCGCGAAGACAGCUGACGACUUCUACACGGGUACCAGGGCAGCGGUCGCGGGGGGUACCACUACUGUCAUUGACUUCGUGUUGCCUCAAAAAGGACAGUCUCUUGUUGAAGCUUACAACCACUGGAGGGAGAAGGCAGAUAAUAAGGUGUGUUGCGACUACGCGCUGCAUGUUGGUGUGACCUGGUGGUCUCCCGCUGUCGCCAAGGAGAUGCAGCAGCUCUGCUCCGAAGAGUACGGCGUCAACUCCUUCAAGAUGUUCAUGGCGUAUAGAGACACCUGGAUGCUGGAUGACUACCAUCUGUACAUUGCUAUGGAGACCUGCAAGCACCUGGGAGCAUUGCCUAUGGUGCACGCAGAGAACGGGCACAUAAUAGCUCGCAACACAGAGAAGCUGCUUGCUGCGGGCAAGACUGACCCUGAGGGUCAUGAGCUGUCUCGUGAUGAGGAGGUCGAGGCUGAAGCUGUCAACAGAGCAUGCGUAAUCGCUAAUCAGGCCAACAGUCCACUAUACAUAGUGCAUAUGAUGUCGCGCAGCGCGGUGAAGGCUCUGGAGAACGCUCGGCCCAGACAGAAACAGCCCGUGUAUGGAGAAACACUCGCAGCCACUGUUGGAACUGACGGUUCGCACUACCGCAAUGCGUGCUUCCGUCAUGCAGCAGGUCACGUGAUGUCCCCUCCUCUGCGCUCCGACCCUGACACCCCGCAGGCCAUGCUGGAAGCACUCGCUGAUGACUGCGUGCAGCUGAUCGGCAGCGACAACUGCACGUUCCAUGAGAGUGACAAGGCCAAGGGCCAUGGCGACUUCUCCAAGAUCCCUAACGGCGUGAACGGAGUCGAGGACCGCAUGUCCAUACUCUGGCAGAAGGGAGUUAACACUGGUAUAAUGGACCCGUGUCGUUUCGUGGCGGUGACGAGUGCUACAGCAGCGCGCGUGUUCAACUUGUGGCCGCGCAAAGGUCGCGUGUGUGUGGGCGCUGACGCAGACCUCGUGGUGUGGGACCCGCGCCUACAGCGCACCAUCUCCGCCACACGACACGCCCACGCUGUCGACUUCAAUAUCUUUGAGGGUCAGAACGUGGUGGGCAGUCCGCAGUACGUGGUGGUCAACGGCCGCGUUUGCUUCGACGACGGCGACCUCAGGGUCGUUGAAGGUUUCGGUAAAUUCCUGAAGACGCCAGUGAUGAGCCCUUACGUGUACGGGGGCGAAGCGCCCAAGGCCCGCACUCCGGAGCCCCACGCGCCCUCUCCCCGACUCGACUUCCCCGCCAGGGUCACCAACGGCACUCCCACACCUACCAGUGAGCUGCAGUUAGUGAGCAAGCAGCUGGCGGACAGCGCGCUGUCCUCGGGCUGCAGCACGCCCACAGGACGCAAGAUGCGCGAGCCUGGACAACGUGACUUGCAGAAUUCCACCUUCUCCAUCAGCAAGGAGUUGGAAGGUGCAGAGACGAAGACAUCAGUGCGCGUGCGCAACCCGCCCGGCGGCAAGUCCUCCGGCCUCUGGUAAGAACCGGAUCAAACCGGUCCGGUCCGGUAUCGACAAGUUCAAACCGGUCUGCGGCUUGCGGCUUUAGCUUGUGAAAAAAUGUAUCGGAUGUGUCUUAUUUUAUUAUUUAUUUUAAGAAUUAAAAAAAAAAAGAUGAAUGGAAAAUUAUGUUUAUUAAUUUUAAACAUUUUAAUGGCAUUUGUGAAUCGUGUUUGACGUAUAAUUAUUCUGAAAGCAUUUUUUCAUAAACGCAAAGCAUUUUUUUAGCGUUUGUUGCGAACAUAUUAGAUUAUUUACUCUGUUAUUUACAGUAACUAACACAAAUCCUUAUUAGAUCUGUCAAAAUGUUCACAUUAUUUUAUAACUUAUUCGAACGCAAUAAGGUUUAUAUUUGUUUGUACUUUUGAUAGAUUCGAUGAGGUUUUUUGAGUUAUCCACAUUGUUAGACUGCUUAUUAUAGUUGCAUGACAUUUUUAAUUGUUUAAUCAUUGUAAGGCAAUAUUAAUUCGGUUUCAUAGACUGAUUUUGUAAGGAUUAUAGUUAAAAUUGACUGUAUCUCAGGAUAGGUUAUAGAAAAUUGUGUUUUUUUUUAUCAGAAAAUGUGAUGUCGAAUGGAACCAAUGUUUUCUAUGUUAUAGUUUUUUAAAGGAACUGUUUACUGAACAAUAUUGAUAAUUUUAUAGCAAGUUUUAGUGUACUUAGUUUUAGUUUUCAAUAAUUGUAGUCGAUUUUGCAAAACAAAUAUUGUAUUUUCUUGUUGAUUACACUUAUGAAAGUAGGUAGAAAUAGAUUUUUUUAUCUUUGCAUCUCACAUAUAGUUUGCCUCUAAUUAUUUAUCAUAAAAGAUAGUGACAGUUUUUACCUUUUGUAAUUUUUUACACAAAACUUCGAGGCAUAAGCUACAAAGUUUCAAAAGGAAUAAAAAAAAAUUAAAACGAUAUUUAGUGACAAGGCAGGAUUGUAUUUUAUCUGCAUUUAUUGCUGCACUUUGUUUUUAUCUGUGGUCGCGGUUGUCAUAUCGCUGUCAUCGCGUUUAGGGAAGUUUGUUCUUUGAAAACAUCGAUUUUUUUUCGAAUUUAAAAUAUCUUCAUUGUUAAAAAACGCCAAAGAGUACUCAUAAAAUAUGGUAAAUUACUUAUGUUGGAUUUGAAUUCAAAAACAUGUAAACUUUCAGUUAUUAGUGACAAUUUAAAUUAAAAUGUUU